UCUCAAUCACUUCAUCAUGUCGGAAAAACCUGCAGACAUGGAAGGGCCCUGGCUCUGCGACAUUUGCAAGGUCAUACAAUUUGAUGACGUCGCAUUUGGGGGGAAGGUUGCUAGAAAUUUCAGCUUCGUCUCCGGAGAGUUGUUAAUUCGAAAACUCAUGUACUUCGACGAAGAUCUGUUUGGCUUUUCCGAUGGCGAUAGCGAUGGUUACCAUAUUUCAAGUAGGAAUAGUUCUUCGGUGGACAGCUUAGGAUUUCAUAUUGACAGCUCAGAAAUCGAUGACCAAAACAAAAGUCACAGCGAAGAAGGUGAAGGAAAAUGCGGAAGUGGUCAGAGAGAAGAACAAGAGCACGGGUUUGAGGAACAUGAGCACGGACUCGAGGAACAAGAGCAUGGGCUUGAAGAACAAGAGCAUGGACUUGAAGAACAAGAGCAUGGACUUGAAGAUCAAAGCAUUGUUCCUGUGAGAAGCUCCGUCGAUAAGGAACUGGAAAGCACGGGAGGACCCGGUAGUACGCGGAGAACUCCGACAUCAAGCUUUUUUGGAAAAAACAUUGAAGAAUCUACGUCGGAGGGAAGUGAGUGGGAAGAUUAUAGCAGCGAUGAGGAUGAGGAUGGGUCGGGUGACGUCCCAAAGAUGCGCAAGUUGAAGUUCUGGGAACGGGAAUUUCGCCGUCCAAUUCCGUACGAAAGGCAGGACGUGCUUCCAGGACUACCGAGCUUAAAGGAAGGCAGCGAAAACGGAUGCAGUUUCUGCCAGUUGCUCCGGUCUUCAAUCUUAAAGCAGAUCCAGGACAAAGUAAUCCAGGUCCCCGCACACUUGAAUAGCUCCGACACGGUCAAUGUCUUUAUAGAAGGUGCCUUCUACCAAUGGGAGAAGGAAUUCUUACCAUCAGCAAUCAUACGUGAUGAUGAAGACGAGAGCCCCACGAAUGAGCUUCGUGGGCUUGUGAUAGCUAUAUCUCUGGAGAGACUAGAACCCCAUUUUCUGUAUUUUAAGACAUAUGCAAGUCCAGGGCAACUUUCUUCGUGGCUGCGUAUUAUGGAUAAUAACAUCCCAUGCGCCGACCCGCUCUCUGAUGAAGGAAUAGCGAGGAUAUCCGCAUGGCUCCAAGAAAGCGAUUUGUGUUCGGAAGCACAAAGAACAGACGACUUCGUACCAACAAGGCUACUCGACGUUGGAGAGGGACCUGUAUUUCAGGAUCCGCGUUUAGUAUUGUUUCCUAAAGGCACUGGACCGCUUCGAUACGCAACACUAAGCUACUGCUGGGGCGAUCCCCAUAUACCCUUUCUCAAGACAAACAAAAGUUCCUUGGGACACCAUAUGGAGAGGAUAAUUCUUGACGAAACCCCUGACACCUUCAAAGACGCAAUUGCCGUUACUAGAAAGCUUGGAUUACAAUAUAUCUGGAUUGAUGCGCUUUGCAUAGUUCAAGACGACCCGGAAGAUUGGAACACUGAAGCAUCGAAAAUGGCGCAAAUCUAUCAAGGCAGCUAUGUCACAGUCAUUGCAUUACGAGCGAGUUCGGUCCAUGAACGUUUCGCACAACCACAUGACUACGCUCGGGCUUUGAUUCCAUAUACGUCUUCGUUGGGUAAAGGUAUUUCCGGGCAUAUCUGGCUACAAGAUCAAUCUUCGUCUGCUUUCAAAGACCGUGUCUCAUUCGUAAAUGAGCACGACAAUUCGGAUUGGUGCAAAAGGGGCUGGACAUACCAGGAAGAGCUUCUGUCUCAACGGAAAAUUUUCUUCGGUCCCCAUCAAGUGACACUCAUGGCUGACGGCCGGGUUCUUCCAGAGUGUGGAACCUACGAAAGACACCCCUUCUUGCAAAGUAUUCAGCAAUUCGCAGACGUGGAUGUUCGUGAUCUUUCUAGGUCUGGAAACUGGGACAGACUUGUCCGGCCAGCAUACCAGUGGCGAAAAUUAACCUACGUCGAAGAUGCCCUCCCUGCAUUGUCAGGAAUUGCAAAAGCUGUCCAGGCAGAGACUAGGGGGACAUAUCUAGCGGGAUUGUGGUUAGAAACCAUCUUUUCCGAUUUGUUGUGGGAGAAGUUCACACGUUAUGGAUCAUUCACCGUCUUCAUUCUUUCAAUAGUGGCACCAGAGACUUACGUUGCCCCGUCUUGGAGUUGGGUGCGAUCAUUAGGAACAAUACCACAUAAACAGCCGCGUACGAACAACAUAAAUGCCGAGAGCGAAGUAUUGGAAGCCAAGAUGGACCUAAUGGGUCCCGAUCCGUUCGGAAGGAUCUGCGGGGGCCACUUAUUGAUCCGAGGGAAAUGUUACGCCAUGGAUGCUGCUCAAAUAACUAAUGCGCCAGAUAAUAGGCCAAUGGGGCUUUUUCGUUCUUUUAGAGUGGGUGGAGAGUACGUCAGCUACUGUGACCUUGAUAAUUUUGCGACGAGGGAAAUAACUAUAAGUUUGAAAAUGCUUUUUCUUGGGAGCAUACCCAAGACAGAAAACGAGCCGGAAGCUAUGGCUGGACUACUCUUGUUUCCGACGACAGAAGGGAAUGCUUGGAUAAGGAUAGGUAUUUUUGCCUUGGUACGUUCCGAAAAUAGCUGUAGUGGAAGGCCGUUUUUUGAGAGUUGUGAGACGGAAACGGUGAAGAUUGUAUGA